CCAAAAUCCUGUCAGCUUGUGUCAUCUAACAGGGCCGAGCUUCGUAAAGAUAACAAGCUCAAAGGUUUACAUUGGUGGGACUACCUCCUUGGAAAAAGAGUUGGGCAUCCCUAAUUUCCAAGGCUGCAUAAAGAAUGUCCAUGUAGAAGGCACCAACAUUCUUGCAAAGCCUCAAAGCCCCAAUAUGCACAUUGUUGGGAAGCCCGCCAAAGGUUGCACAGCACAGGGGAAACCAAUUGGAUUUCCAGAUCCUUAUGGCUAUGUGCGUGUGCUUCGGCUUGACAACAGUAGUAAAGUGGUCACAGGAAAACUGAGGAUUCACCUUUCCUUCAGGACCUAUAGCGAGUUUGGAACUUUGAUUUACAUUUCUGCGAGCAACAUGGAUAUUGUGCUUACACAUCGAAGAGGAAAACUUUUUAUAUCUACCAUAUUUGGCAGGCAUUACAUUAUAGAACGCAUUGGGAAGGGACUUGCUGAUGGUAAAUGGCACAACGUGACUGUGCAAGUGUCAAGAAGAGGCUUUUCCCUAGCUGUUGAUCGGAUCAAACCUGUACAAGUUAGCUUCUGGGUGCAGAUAGCAGAGUUCCGGUGGUUUACUGCCAUUUACUUAGGAUUUGCAUGGCAUUUGCAACCUGGAUUUGUAGGAUGCAUGAAGAAUGUUAAGAUAAGAGGUGUGAAGAUCAGGGAUCAAUCUGUUAUCAGAUAUCGUGGCCCAAAGUUUGGUGUUUGUCCAUUAGAAAACUACUGUUUCCCUAAUCCAUGUCUGAAUGGUGGAGUGUGCCAUAUCUGGUAUAAUAAGUACACAUGUGAUUGCUACAAAACCUUUUAUACUGGGAGCACAUGUGAAAUGCCACUACUUCUCAAAGCUACAUGCGAAGGAUACAAUCUAUCCAACAAAUCCAGCUGCUUUAUUGAUGUUGAUGGCAAAGGGGCUCAAGCGCCUUUCCAUGUUCUUUGCUACAAGUCACUCUCAGGGAAGAUUGUAACAAGCAUAGCUCACAACAAAAACACCACACAGCAGGUUUCUGAUACUGAAAAAACUUUGGAUUUGUCACAAAAUGGUGUUCAUGAUGUGAACUACCUUCAUGAGAUCAAGUAUUCCACAGCCAUACAAGGCAUCACAGCAGUGAUAGAAAAAAGUGUGGAAUGCAGACAACUGAUUAUGUUAACAUCAUUGAAGAAGGGAGCUGGUGGUGUAACACUGAAGUGGAUUUCAAGAAGUGGUUCACUCCACUCAUGGGUUGAUGGGACUAUCAAAAACAUGGACCAGCCAGAAAGUCAGCAAACAAGCCAGACAGACUGUGACACAAUUAACAGCCUUGUAGGGGAUGAUAAUAUGCUUUGCAACUUUACAGGAUAUCUUACAGAUAAAAUGGUCCUACCAGUAAUGGGUUUGGUAUUUAGCUCUGAUGACUAUGGAGCCAACUUUCAGCUAGGCCCUCUCGAAUGUUUUGGUUCAAAUAGCAGUUUCCUCACAGACAAAGCUACCCAACCAUCAAAACAAGUUUGCAAGCCGUCAGAGGUCAGUGCACAGAACCCCAUGCAAGUAGUAGCCCCUCUCCAAGAGUCUAUGCAUAAUAACAGCCUUGAAGAACUGUACAAGAAAUAUAUCAAGUCGCUUGAUGCAAAAGAUACAUAUUUAAAAUCGAUUUCCACCAGUGCACACCCAUCCAGAGCAACAACAACUACAAAACCAUUACCCAAACAGUACCAACCGACGAGUGAUGAGACCCAUGCAGCUUCUCCCCUGGAGAGUACCAACCCUUGGUCUGGAAACCUGAUGUUUCUACUGGCUGUGACCCUGAUUUUCCUAGUGCUUCUGCUUUUGGUUGGGGUCAUGAUCUAUUACAUUAGACGGAAAGGCUGCUACCAUAUGUGCUUAUCAGAGCUGAACUGCAUUCAGCAGUGGAAAGAUGCCCACUGUGACGACAUCGCCCCACCUCAGGAAUCCGACCCUUGGAUGACCAUCAACGCUGGAGGCUACAAUGUUAAGACUGGCAAGAUUACAUACGGUGCUUUUGUAUGAGUGCAUCUGCAAAUUUAUGGUUCUGUUAUGUGCAGCCUGUUUGUGAUUUAUAUGCAGAAUGUUGUGUUUAUAGCCCCAAGCAGUAUGGGGUGCUUUGGGUUUUAGAGGGACUUCCCACUGAUUUAACAUAAGAAGUCGUAGUAAUGAACAUUGUUUGGAUAAAAAUAUAUAAGCUUAUAUUCCUUAUAUUUGUUUGAAUGUAUUGCAGUUUAUCAUUGAUAACGUGGGUGUGAUUAUAAUAAUACUUAAGAAUUAUACCAUGAUUUAUCAUUUGAUGAUUUUUUGGUAAUUGAACUUUAGAUUACUAUUGUAGUUAUUACGUUUACAUAGAAUCAAAUUUUUACUUCGAUCUUAAAAUAAUAAAAAAAGAUGCUAAUCAAGCGUUCAGCUUCAAGCUCUUCACAUCUUAAAAACAGCUGCAAUGACUUUGGACGAAGAAAAUCAACUCGCUUCUAGCAUGCGAAAAAUUCAGACAUGAACAUAAGCAGGGUCGAUUGUCAAAACCGGCCCAAAAUCCUGUCAGCUUGUGUCAUCUAACAGGGCCGAGCUUCGUAAAGAUAACAAGCUCAAAGGUUUACAUUGGUGGGACUACCUCCUUGGAAAAAGAGUUGGGCAUCCCUAAUUUCCAAGGCUGCAUAAAGAAUGUCCAUGUAGAAGGCACCAACAUUCUUGCAAAGCCUCAAAGCCCCAAUAUGCACAUUGUUGGGAAGCCCGCCAAAGGUUGCACAGCACAGGGGAAACCAAUUGGAUUUCCAGAUCCUUAUGGCUAUGUGCGUGUGCUUCGGCUUGACAACAGUAGUAAAGUGGUCACAGGAAAACUGAGGAUUCACCUUUCCUUCAGGACCUAUAGCGAGUUUGGAACUUUGAUUUACAUUUCUGCGAGCAACAUGGAUAUUGUGCUUACACAUCGAAGAGGAAAACUUUUUAUAUCUACCAUAUUUGGCAGGCAUUACAUUAUAGAACGCAUUGGGAAGGGACUUGCUGAUGGUAAUUGGCACAACGUGACUGUGCAAGUGUCAAGAAGAGGCUUUUCCCUAGCUGUUGAUCGGAUCAAACCUGUACAAGUUAGCUUCUGGGUGCAGAUAGCAGAGUUCCGGUGGUUUACUGCCAUUUACUUAGGAUUUGCAUGGCAUUUGCAACCUGGAUUUGUAGGAUGCAUGAAGAAUGUUAAGAUAAGAGGUGUGAAGAUCAGGGAUCAAUCUGUUAUCAGAUAUCGUGGCCCAAAGUUUGGUGUUUGUCCAUUAGAAAACUACUGUUUCCCUAAUCCAUGUCUGAAUGGUGGAGUGUGCCAUAUCUGGUAUAAUAAGUACACAUGUGAUUGCUACAAAACCUUUUAUACUGGGAGCACAUGUGAAAUGCCACUACUUCUCAAAGCUACAUGCGAAGGAUACAAUCUAUCCAACAAAUCCAGCUGCUUUAUUGAUGUUGAUGGCAAAGGGGCUCAAGCGCCUUUCCUUGUUCUUUGCUACAAGUCACUCUCAGGGAAGAUUGUAACAAGCAUAGCUCACAACAAAAACACCACACAGCAGGUUUCUGAUACUGAAAAAAACUUUGGAUUUGUCACAAAAUGGUGUUCAUGAUGUGAACUACCUUCAUAAGAUCAAGUAUUCCACAGCCAUACAAGGCAUCACAGCAGUGAUAGAAAAAAGUGUGGAAUGCAGACAACUGAUUAUGUUAACAUCAUUGAAGAAGGGAGCUGGUGGUGUAACACUGAAGUGGAUUUCAAGAAGUGGUUCACUCCACUCAUGGGUUGAUGGGACUAUCAAAAACAUGGACCAGCCAGAAAGUCAGCAAACAAGCCAGACAGACUGUGACACAAUGUACAGCCUUGUAGGGGAUGACAAUAUGCUUUGCAACUUUACAGGUAAAAAUAAAAAUAUUGCAUGUCACUAUUGGGUACGGCAUUUUAUAAUAACCAUCCUAUCACGGACAGGGGGGGAUAUUACAGAGUUUUUCUAUACAUUCACUGUAAUUUCAAGCCUACUUCAUCUAUGAUAUACAUCACACUAAACAUUCAGAGUGCUUGGCUGCACUUGACAGAUCUCCAAUGUAUGAUAAUAGAAUCCAACAACCAUCACACAAUUUCUUUAUAUGUGACUCCUGAUUGCUUUUAUCAUAAAAUAAGUUUACCCAUUAAAAUCAAUGGGUGUCUAUCAUUUAAAAUAAUAUAGCAUCACAAAUAGCUGACAAUAAUUUUUUCAUCAGUAGAAGGGGGAUUUUUUUUUUCAAAUUUCAGGUAAUACUGUACAGCCUAAAAAAUUUGGGUCCGGUUUGGGCUGCAAUUUGGGCUAUUCAGACAGCUUGCCAGCCUAAGUCAGAGCCUAAACGAAUUUAGGUUCGUUUUAGCCUUGCUUUUUUCAUAAGACAUGAGCCCAACUAGAGCCCAAAUAAAAUUAGGUUGUAAAUAUGGCUGUAGCAGAGGCUAAAAAACGGGCAAAAAUUCAGCCCAAGUAAAAUGAGGCUCUGAAUAGGGCUUCAAGGUACAAAGUAUCCGAGAGCCGUAAAUGCAGGGCAAAAUAGGGAAUCAGAUUUAUAAUACUUACAUGCUAAUCUAACCAGGGACACUUCCCGAUCUAACUUAAAGUUUACAACUUAACUAAUUUAAAAAGUAGCAUACAAAAAUUAGCGAACAUUGUUCCUACGAUAAAUCAGUCUAUCUCGAUUUUGUUCGAAAACUCGCACACAUAACACUGCGUGGCCGAAGAAGUAUUUUGUGGGAUAACCUCGAUAAACAAGCAAUUGUCACAAAUGUCACUUAUAUUAAAAACAACUAACUUGUCCAUUGCUCUCUUUACCGAAGUGAUGUGUGUUGAUGAGGGAUUAUAGCAAGGGCAUUCUAAUGGAGUUGCGAUCGCCAGAUAGUGAACGUUUCUUGCAGCACCAACGUUAACUUUUAUGAAGCAUUUCACUUGCGCGAAUGCGAUAGAGUUGCGCGUAGAAUACUUCACAGUAGAACAGUUCCGUCUCGACAUUCUCUUAUAAUCAAAACCAUAAAUAAACGCAGACUUCCGUUCGAUUCUAUUAAAUGCAAUAACAUUCAUGAAAGUAGGUGUUUGUUUUAGAUAAUUUUCAAGUGCUAAACGUUCAUGCUCAUUCAACUGUUUCCGAUAGAAAGCACCCAAAACAUAUGUAUGUUUCAAUAUUUCUUCCCUUCUUUGCGUUUCGUUUGGAUGCAUUAAUUUCCAAUACAAAGUGUCUUCAUCUGAACCAGGUGCUAGACAUUUCUCUCGCAACUCAGGUAGUUUUUGUGUAAACGAUACUGCUGUCAAGAUCUGGCUGUCAAUAAAUUGAGUUCCGUGUAUCAAUUUAAGUAUGAAUCCAUUCUUAUCUUCAAAUGAAAAGCAGCUGUGAGUAUAUAGAGGCCCGAGAACCCUUACAUUAUCCACCAAAUGUAAUAGUUGAUGUAAAUUAAGAGUCAUGUAUCGUUCUUCAUACAGUCUUGAAAAGUUUGAGCAGAAGCUUUGUAAAAGCUCUUCCGCGGUCUUUAGAUCAUUAGGCGAAAUACUUUCUUGUAAAAGUAAGAAAUUCGCACGGACGAAACAGAAAUAGUGCUGGAAGUAGUUUUCCGGUAAUAAACCAAACAGCACUGGUAGACCGUAAUAAAGCAGAAACGAGCGCAACUCGUUCGCUUUCCAGUGGUUUAGGUGCUCUGAAAUUGAUCUUGGUAGACGUUUAAGUUCGAGAGUCGGUGUAAUUAGUUGCAACCUGGAAUCGAUGACAUUGACGUACUUGCUCAGACUGAAUAUCUUCCUGGAGUUACUGCUAUCAAACCAUAACCUGAGGAGCACUUUCUGAACCCCCAACAGGACGCCAUGCAUAUAGUCUAUCGCUGUACCACGAAUAAUGUCGUGAUAUUUCAAAACAGAAAGCCAACUAAAACCUUUCACACCUUUAAUAGUUUUUGCUUUUCCAGAAAUAGAAUGUUGUAGAGCUUCAGCAGCAUGUUUUAUCGUAGACGUGACUGUUCUAAGUGGCCCCUUUGGAUCUGUUUCGUUGUAAGGAAAAAUCCAUACACUUCCACCUUUAUCAGUCCUGAAAGAUCUGCCAGGUUGUAAGCACUUCCAGCAGGAGUGUUGCCCGUUGUACUGUACAGAAUUGCAAACCAUGCUUCGAGCUGGCAAGUCACAGGAACUAGCUAAAAGGACCGCCUUACAUGUAAACUUUCCUUUAGAAGGAGAUUCAAAUUCUAUUCCAUUUUCAAGCUCUUUGAGUGAUUCUAUAUGAGGUUUGAGAGAUGUCCACAUUGCAGGCUUUUUCUCACCGAACCAAAGACCCGCAAACAACAUAUUUUUUCGAGACAUUCGCUUAGAGUAUUGAAGUUCGUUUAUGACAAAGUACAGGGGCCAGAUAGAUACCUUCGAAGAUUUGAAUACCGGGACACCAUCUGUGUUCAUCAAGAAUGAAAUGUUGUCUUUGGAGCUUAAAAUCCCGUGUUGACACAAUUCAUGGUACAAGUUUCCGUCAUAAAUAUCUUCAAUGUUUUCGUUAUUUCUUUUAUUCCUUUUAAAUCUGUAUUGUAUAUCCUCAUAAAAUGAAGGUCUUGAAAAAAAUAGUUGUAGUUGUUGAAGAAUAGGUACUUCGAUGAAAUACGACAAUGCGUUUUUCUUUGUUAAAUCUUUGAGACAUCCGGCAUUUGGGCAAACAGUUUGUGUUUUCGGCUGUGAAAUGACAGACAAACAAAACGAGAAGAGAAUGAGAUAUAGGAAGCGCCAAUGAUAGGAGAGUCAAAAGAUUAGAUAUUGCUUCAGCCGGAAGAUUGUACUUAAUAGUAAACAGCGCCAUGAUCGUACCAAUUGUCACUCUUGACCCCGGAUACAAAGGUGCCGUUUCAUCCAUGGCAUUUCCUUGAUCGCAACCAUCUCUUGCUUCUUCUAUGACUUCAUUGUCAUCAACAAAGAAAUCAGGGGGAUCCUCAAAAGUACUGUUGUUUACUUGAUCAAAGCUAAAUGAUAAGUCAUCCGUAACGUUGGUGAAUUCAUUUUCAUCGGUUUCACAAUCAUCGCGUAGGUCAUCCUCCAUUUGCUCAACUAGUGUAAUUAGCUCUUCUUCCCAAAAACUAUCAUUUGUCGUAGUAGCACCGCUCUCCGUUGUCAUUUGCUGUAAAUCUAAAAGUUUGAUGCAAACUUCUGACAUUGUGUCCAUAAAAAAUGCGUCCCCGAGUGAGGAGGAGUUCACUCUUGGACGCUUUAACGCGCUAGUAGGACAAUCAGGGCAAUCAUCAUCAGAAAGGUGGGAGUCAGCAUCUCCAUCACUUGCGGUUUCUUCGACUAAAACAGAACAAUCAUCAGAGGCUCUUUCGAAACUUCGAGAGCUAUCUAAAAGGGGAACCACAACUUCACAAAAUUCCUUAUCGACCUGAUCCAUAGUAAAAUAAAACCAAUUAGAAACCAAAGAAACGCAACUUUGAAAGUAGUGCUGCUCUGUACACGGGUACUCGACUUGAAACGUGAGAGCUUUAUUAUUUUUAGAUCUUGUGUUGGUGUAUUUCAGUGAUUGGACAAAGAAAAACGUCACUGACUGAAGUGUGGUAUGACAAAUCGCAAAACCCUAUAUUGGCUAGCUUUUUUGCCGCUCUUUUUCAGAUGAGAUAUCAUAUUUCGGGCCUUUUCUUCAUAUUCUAAAUCUGUUGGGUAGCUACACUUACCGUUAUAGAAAGCAAAAAGUCUUCGGAUUUCCAAAAAUCUCUAAAAAUCUAUAAUAUCUGUUUUCAAAAGCAAGUAGUUGAAAGCGAGAUAUCCUUUUAUGCGUGUAUCUAUUUUUACGCCGACAAGAGUGUCAGUACGGUGCCAAGGAGUAGAUGUUCGCUGCGCGGGACAUUCGAAGCCGGGGAGGAAGCCGAUGUUAGCUGGAAAAUGGCUAAAGGCGAGAAAGAGACCUAUGUUGGAGUGAUAAUAAAGACAGCAAAGCAAGAGGAAAAGCCGCAAAUAGAACAGUUUACCGAAGAUGUCGGUCUACUCGUGGCGGACAUGAUCAAACGUGGAGAAAACGUUAAAAGCCAAUUACCGGAGCUAUUGAAAAAAAAUCUCCCGGCUCCAACACCAACGGCCGCAUCUGCUCCUGGUAAGAGGGCGCGGAAAAUGACGAAGGUGAUGGAGGAAAGUAAAAAGCAGGCUGAGGAUGAUGGCGAAACCAAAGA